AUGUCCUCCCAAAUCCCCCGCAUAACAAUCCUCGGCUCCCUCAACACCGACCUAGUAGCCUACGUCCCCCACCACCCCCUCCCAGGCGAAACCCUAACCGCAACCUCCUUCCUCACCUCCCCAGGCGGCAAAGGUUCCAACCAAGCCGUCGCCUGCGCCAAGCUCUCCCGCCCCCGCGACCUCUCCUCCCCCUCCGCUCACGUCUCCAUGGUCGGCGCCGUAGGCUCCGACUCCAACGGCGACCUUUUGUUGUCUAACCUCGCCACCCACGGGGUCGACUCCUCCCUGGUAACCAAACUCCCCAACAAGAAAACUGGCAUCGCCAUGAUCGUCGUGGAGGCGGAAACAGGCCAAAACAGAAUCAUCAUCUCCGGAGAGGCGAACCACCAAGUAGGGGAGGAGUACGUUACACAGGGGGGGUGGUUGGACAAGACCGAUUUGUUGAUCAUGCAACUCGAAAUUCCGAUGGGGACUGUACUCAAAGCGGUGGAGGAGGCGAAGAGACGGGGGGUGGAUGUUUUGCUCAAUCCGGCGCCGGCGAAGAUUCUGCCGGAUGGGGUUUAUGACGGGUUGAGGCAUUUGAUUGUGAAUGAGACGGAGGCUGCCAUUCUUGGGGGGGUUGAGGAAAAGGAGCUGGAUACGCUGGAGGGGUUGGAGAGGGUUGGGAAAGGGUUCGUGGGGAAGGGGGUGGAGAAUUUUGUUGCUACGCUUGGGGGAGGGGGGAGUGGGUUGAUCGAAGCCGAGAAGGGGGUCAAGGUUGUUGAUACUACUGGGGCGGGGGAUACGUUUGUGGGGAGGUAUGCGCUUGAGGCUGCGAGGGCGAGGAAGGAAGGGGGGGAGUUUGAUAUUGGGGGGGCGGUGGGAAGGGCGAAUAAGGCGGCGGCGGUGACGGUUACGAGGGAAGGGGCGGCGAGGAGCAUUCCUUGGAGGGAUGAGGUUGAGUAG